AUGGCAAUAACGAAGACGGACGACGAAUCGAGAGAUGUUGGAAAAUGCAAGUCGCGGGGCAUCGUUUGCCGUCCUGCGAGGUUGAGUUCCUUCCGACGAACCUUCACCGUCAGUUUCCGAACCGUGAGGUUGACGCGCUUCGGCGUUCCAGAGAUUUUAGAGCUCCGGGAGCUUGUCCCAGUGCCGAAUCUCAAGCCCUACGAGGUUCUUGUUCGUGCGCGAACUGUCUCCAUCAACCCUCUCGAUUGUCGAAUGCGAGCAGGCUACAGGCGUUCUGUGUUCGGACUACAUCUACCUAUUAUAUUGGGUUGUGAUAUCAGCGGUGAAGUUGCAUCAGUUGGCACUUUGGUAACAUCGUUUAAAUUUGGGGAAAGACGAGCUAUGGAAGUUUUUGGUGCAUUGCAGCCUACAGCAAUGACGGAUACAUAUACCGACUAUGGGAUUCUUUCAGAAGAUGAGCUCACAGAGAAGCCAUCAUCUGUUUCUCAUGUUGAAGCAAGCGACAUUCCUUUCGCAGCACUCACUGGAUGGCGUGCUUUGAAGAAUAAUGUUCGGGUCAUUGAAGGAGAAGGGAAUGGACAUAACGUCAGUUGGCUAUGAAGAGACUUCCUGGACACUAUUGGUGUGUCCGAAACAGAAAGGAUAGGUGUAAACUUCUCGAGAAAGGGUGGAAACUAUAUGAUGCUCCAG